GAGAAACUCUUUCCAACUUCACGAGAAAACAAAGCGAGCUUGUUUAAGAUUUAAUACUACUUUUUUUUAUUUAGUAGGUGCGGUGGCCCCCAUUUGACCUGUAUCGGUAUUUAAUGCUCAUCUGAGUCUUUUGGCAAACCUUUGCACUCUGUGGUGCAAUAAAACUAAAUGUUGUACAUUAACCAACACCCUAUUUAGCUGUUGUGAGUUAAGUGGGUCAGACAGUGUCAGGUCAAAUUGGGCUUCACUUCAAUGCUCACAAUAUAGAAGAUAUAUUUUCUCUGACUCUUUGAGAACAGUGUGGCUGACUGGCUGUCAUGGAAAACCUCUUUCUGCAGUCCCCCAGUACGACCGCUCUAUUGGGAACUGUUGGGAUUCUACUGGUCUUGUAUAUUUUCUUCCCCAACUUUGACCAUCAGAGAAAGGAGCCUCCGGGACCCAGACCACUGCCCGUGGUUGGUAACUUGCUGCAGCUGGAUCUGAAGUCACUCCACAGUUCGCUGUAUGAGCUGUCCAAGAAAUAUGGAUCGGUGUUCACAGUGUGUUUCGGACCCCAGAAAAUGGUAGUCCUGGCAGGAUACAAGACCGUGAAGCAGGCCCUGGUCAACUAUGGCGUGGAGUUUGGAGACCGGCUCAUCAAUCCAGUAGGCAAAGAACUAGGCCAAGCAGUCUUAUUUGCCAAUGGGGAGUUAUGGAAAGAAAUGCGGCGUUUUGCUCUGAGCAACCUGAGAGACUAUGGGAUGGGCAAAAAAGCAGCAGAGGAGAAAAUCAUUGAGGAGAUUCAGUAUCUGCUCCAAGAGUUCGAAAGUCAUGAAGGUAAACCCUUCAGUGUCACCAAGUCAAUAAACUAUGCAGUUUCCAACAUCAUCUCUGCAAUUAUCUAUGGCAGCAGAUUUGAUUACAGUGAUGCACAGUUUCAACAAAUGGUAAACCGAGCCAAUGAAACCAUUCAACUUUCAGGCACUCCUUCAGUACAGUUGUUCAACCUCUACCCCUGGCUAUUUCAAUGGGCGCGCAACAAGAUGCAACUCUGCAAGAAUGUUGCUGAAAACAGAAAACAAAUGAAGCUUCUGAUCAAACGUCUGCAAGAAACGUUGAACGUUGAGAUGUGCAGAGGAUUUGUGGACUCCUUUCUGGCACACAAACGGAAGCUGGAGGAUUCAGGGAUGACUGAGUCGUACUACACCAUAGAGAUCCUUGUGACAACUGUCGGCAACCUCUUUGCGGCCGGUACUGACACGACAGGAACUACGCUGAGAUGGGGCCUGUUGUUCAUGGCCAAAUAUCCUCACAUCCAAGACCAGGUCCAGGAGGAGCUGAGCCGGGUGGUCGGCAGCCGUCAGGUCCGGGCAGAGGACCGGAUGAUCCUGCCCUUCACCGACGCCGUCAUCCAUGAGACGCAGAGACUCGCUAAUAUCCUUCCCAUCGCUCUUCCUCACGUCACGACCACAGAUGUGACUUUUCAGGGCUUUUUUAUAAAAAAGGGGACCCCUGUGAUUCCUCUGUUGACAUCUGUUCUGUGGGAUGAAACUGAGUGGGAGAAACCACAAGUCUUUAAUCCUGCUCAUUUCUUGGACAAGGAUGGGAAGUUUGUCAAGAGAGAUGCCUUCAUGCCCUUUUCUGCAGGUCGCAGGGCGUGUCUCGGAGAGAGUCUGGCCAGGAUGGAGCUGUUCCUCUUCUUCACCUCCCUCCUCCAGCGCUUUCGUUUCACUCCUCCACCUGGAGUUAAAGAGGAGGAGCUGGAUCUGACUCCAGCUUUGGGCUUCACCCUCAUGCCGAUGCCUCAAGACCUGUGUGCCGUCAGUCAUGAGGGAUUCUAACAUUGUAACUGUCAAACACUUUCGCACAGUGCUGAUCAUCAAUCUAUGUUAUGCACUCAUGAUCAUGCACCUAUUAAACUGCUAGAACACCUGUAUAAGACAUUUUUGAUUGAGCCAAAACAUUUAAAAGCUGCUAAAUUCCAAAUUGGGUCAUUGGAUAACUAAACUGAUAUGUUUAAAAGUGUCUUGAGAAUAAAUGGUCUCCUUACAUUAUCU